CCCCUCCCCAGCCGUACGACCCCGCCCCCUUCCUCUCUGUCUAUAACGAUGUCUGCCCCUCAGCCCGUCCCCCCGUCCUGGAAGGACAUCGGCAAGUCGUCCAACGACCUGCUGGGCAAGGACUUCCCGAUCCACGGCACGCAGGUCGAGGUGAAGACGUCGACGCCGUCGAACGUCGCGUUCAAGGUCGGCGGCUUCCGCGACUCCAAGUCCACCGCGAUCACGGGCGACCUCGAGGCCAAGUACACCGACCGCAAGCACGGGCUCGUCUUCACGCAGACGUGGACGACGAGCAACGUCCUGCGCUCGCAGGUCGAGCUCGAGAACCAGAUCGCCAAGGGCCUCAAGCUCGAUCUCAGCACCGCGCUCAUCCCCGACAAGGGCCAGAAGAGCGCUAUUGUGAACCUGACCUACAAGCAGCCCGGCCUGCACACCCGCGCGUUCUUGGACCUGUUCAAGGGCCCGACCUUCACCGCUGACACCGUCCUCGGCCGCGACGGCUUCCUCGUCGGUGGCGAGGCGUCGUACAACGUCACCGAGGGCAAGGUCACGCGCUACGCGACCGCGAUCGGGUUCUCCGCGCCCGAGUACGCCGUCGCGCUGCACGGGCUCGGCAACCUCUCCAUCUUCCACGCGAGCUAUUACCACAAGGUCUCGCCCGACGUCGAGGCGGGCGCCAAGGCGAUCUACGACACGAACGCGACCACGUCCGGCGUCGCGCUCGAGGUCGGUACGAAGGCGUACCUCGACUCGGCGGCGUUCGUGAAGGCGAAGAUCAACAAUGCUGGUAUUCUUGCGCUGGGCUACACCCAGGCUCUCCGCCCUGGUGUCAAGGCGUCCUUCGGUCUUGCUCUCGACACCCAAAAGCUGAACGAGCCCAACCCCAUCGGGCCCGCUCACAAGGUUGGCGCCAGCAUCACGUUCGAGGGGUAAACCGCUUUGUUAUUAGGAUGGUAGGAUACGUCUUGUGGUCUCUGUUAGAGGAUGAAGUACACUACUUGACCUUCUGCGUAUAUUGCCCCCCGCUUACUUGCUUGCACAAUACAAUAUCUUAACGAAACUUGGAACUUGUCCCAUAGCAGCA